AUGAAUAUUAUAAAAUCAUUAUCCAACCUCACAUGGGGAUCAGAUCAGAACAGUCUAAUCGUAAUUUACAAGUCACUUAUACUGGCCUUCAUCAAUUAUGGAUCCGUCAUUUAUGGCACCGCCAAAGAGGAUAUACCUAAGUCACUAGAUGCCAUCCACAACCAAGGAAUAAGGCUCGCUUCCGACGCCUUCAGAACCAGCCCAGUAGACAGCAUCUUAUGCAACGCUGGAAACGAAAAAGCAGAUGAAAUGGCGAAUGGAGCAGCUUCAGGCUCUAUAACUAACAUCACUUACAAAGUAAGCAAAUUACCAACAGUCGAUUUACUAAAUGAAGCUCAAAAACAAAUUAUAAAAACAUGCAUUAAAAUGGAUGUAGAGUCUUUAGAUUGGAUUCUGGAAGACGUGGAGUCCCAGUAUCCAUCUGCGUUUAACGAUGAACAACUAGAGGACAAUGACAUUGACUACGAUUACAAAAACGACGAAGAUGCUCAAUCUGAUUCGUGUGCCAGCUACGAGGUUAUUACAGUGUUUGGUGAAAACCUGCAAGCACAAGUGGGCGUACAUGUAGCCAACGAGGAGUACCACGAAGAAGACGAUGCGACUUCACGGUUGUUACUACUGAGCGACUUGAAUGAAGACUUUGGUGACAGGUCGGCUGAAAAGCGGUACGUCGAUGCCUUAGAAGAAGCUAAGUACAAAAUUGCCGAAGUCGAACUCGUAUGGCCGGAAGUCUUACAAAAAUGUUUGUUAAACCAGGAAAACAUUCCGGAUUCGUAUGUGAAGAACACAAAUAUGGAGAAAAUUAUUCUUUUGUACGCGGAUAAUUUCAUUAAGCAAUUCGAUGCCAAGCACUCUCAUAGACGGCAACUGUUGUUGGUCCACGAAAACGAAUGCGGUUACCAGAAAUGCAUAUGCACUACCAUCAAACCGUCCAGAUUGGUCUACAGCGACUUGGACGAUCUUGACAGUUACAGCAUGUUCGUCGCCCAGCACAUAACAUACAAGCCGUUAGACAAUCCCGUCGUGGUGCCAAAACAAAUGAUAUCGCCGGCCAUGGUGUUGGAAAUACAAACGGGCAACUGCUUCGAAAUGGCCACGCUGUUGGCUUCGUUCUUGAUAGGCCGCGGGUACAACGCUUUUGUCGUGCAAGGUUAUGCCGAACAAGAAGUCUGUACCAACAACCUCACAAACGUCGUGCUAGAUUUUCCAGACGAACGAAACGAUCUCCACGAAGCUAAUAUUGCACAACUUGAAGAUGUCGACGAGGAAUACUCAGUAGACCCUCCAAUCGAUCUUUGCAGCGAAUACGUGACAACAUUGAUAGAAGAAGAGAGAAAAGCCUAUAACGUCGUUCAAGAAACAAAAGAGGAAAAUGAAAGGCACGUUUACGAUCCCUUAUAUGGGCGACGAGUACACUGUUGGGUAAUGAUUUUGCCGUUGAAAAUCAAAGACCAUUAUGUUAGCAGAGACACUUUCUUCAUCGAACCCAGCACGGGAGAACGCUGUAACAUUUCGAAUAGAAAAUAUAUUGGAAUAGAAGCAAUGUGGAACCAUCAAAAUUAUUGGGUUAACUUACAACCUUUGGACGGAGGUUGCAUGCAAUACAACUAUACGUUAAUGAACACCAAAUGUUGGGAACAUUUUUUAGUGGACGAGCCCACGCAUCUACGACGGCUACCGCUUAAGCAAGACAACACAAAUGACGUUUACACGCAUUUGUUCAUGCCUAGCUCGUGGGUAAACAUUUUACAAGUCCCAAGACACAGAUACCUAAUGAAGUACCCGGCUGGUAAGAAAGUUGUCAUGUACUCAAACGCCAUAAAAGAAUGUUACGCUGACUAUGUGAUGCCAGAUGGACUGGUAAAAAGGACGACGUACUACGAAAAACAAGAUCGUGCAAAUAAAACGUUUGUCAAAGAAGUGUACAAACACAGAAUAGACCGGCUGGUGCGAAUCGACAUAACGUAUACCACCGAAGAAACCGAGACCGUGGAGUACUUCAGUAGCGGCCGAGAGGAUUGCUUGAAAACACACAGAUUCUACUCCAACACAAUCAAUGUUGAAGAUAAACGUGUCAUUAGCUUUUAUGACACGACAAGGUUAGAUUCGUUGAUCGAGAUUCACAUGGACCCGCGGUUGGUUAUAGCGAGGUUUAAGGGCAGGUCGGAUUUGUUGUUUUGGCGUUUAUACGAGUUUCACGAAGUUGCGAAAGAAUCGGACAUUUCCACUACUGCCAAAAGGAAAUUGAGAGUCAUCUUGGAAAAGUAUCUGAGGGACGAGUCGAAACCCAACGACAGGGACAUUGCGUUCAGAGGGUUUAAUCUUGCAAACAACUCGAUCCUCGUCGAACACCAUUACGGAGAGGGUCAGAUCACUCGGCCCAGUCGGAUGUUCAACAAGCCUGCCGUUUGCGGCGAUGACCUUAAGUUCGACGAGGAAAUGAUGGUCGAAAACGAGGUUUACCCGUACGAAAACAAGAUGAAACAGUACGAGGCGUACUUAAUGUUGAAAGACAUGAUAGCAGCCGAGUAUGAGGCACGUCGUGACGUCUACCGGUUCGAAGGUAACGUGCUGUCCAUCUUGGAAACGCGCUGUCGGGAACGAUCCAACUUCCGGCUGAUUGUGGAUUCUCUGGACUGGGAUAGAAACGCCAAAAGCAGGCGCAUUCUUCAAGGCGAAAAAGACAAAAAACAAGCAUUUAAAAAAAGAGAAAAAGCCAAACAGGUGGAUUACGCUUUGCCGUACUUGGAAGCGGCGACAAGGCCGUUCACGCUAGAUACGGCUAAAUCGAUACGCAGUAAGAUCGUGUCAGAUUUUAGACAUCACACCAAAUAUCAAUUCAUCAAAGCCAGGAAUGUUUUAAUGAAGAAACAAUUCACACUAACAUCCAUAAUGGAUUCGUUAGUAAACGAGACGGUAUUGAAAGAAGUCGAGCAGAAACAGAAAAUGGUUUUACUGUGUUCGUCUAUUAAAAACCAACUGGACAUGUUGUUGCUGAAAAUGGAAAGGUUUAAAGAAAAACGCAUUGAAAGAUACAACAACUUGGCGCUGUACUUGAACAAUAUACCGGAAUUCAAAAAGUUACCACCGUUAAAAUUCUUGCUCGUCUGGUAA